GAUCGCUCUCAGUUUCAUUCUGUUCAGCGAUCGCGCCGGUCGUACUUUUUGCAUGGCAUGCGCUAUCCGCCACGCUUGUGUACAGAGAGAAGGUACGAACGAACCAAAACAAACCUUGCGCGCGGUGCUGCGGCGAUCUCGUGAAUUUCCGCCGGGCAAUGGUUCGCGUUCGCGAUCAAUCGCGAUCGCGACACUUUAGUUCUAUGGUCGUUUCGUCGCGGUUUGACGGUUGAGUGCCAGCCAGGUUGGGAGUUCGUGUAUGCGCGUGCGCGAUCGCGCUCCAGUGAGCAAAAUCCUCGCGUGUGAUAAAUCUUGCAAGCAGUGCACAUUUUGCGCGCUUCGAUGCACUUUUCUAUGGACGCCGCCGCCGGAGCACUAGAGUGGUCUAAGAUUAUGUGGGGAAAGCUAAAAGUCUAGAAUUGUGAAUCUUACCCUUGUGAAAGUAAAAUUGUAAUGGUCAAGACUAUCAUCUUACAUUUAGAACUUGUUAAGUUGUUCAUGGUUCAGUACGGUUCAUCCCACAAGGUCUUCAGAUUCAGAUAUGGAUCACUCUACUGAACAACGGCAGUGCACUGCCUGGUUGCAAUUCGGUCGAAAGGACCGGAUGGAAACGGGAACAGCCUGCAAAACUGCGAUCGUAGUCGCUAGCUUGUUUUCUUUUCGGUUUCGAGUGGCGGCGGUUCGAUGUUGAGUUGUUGCGAAUUUCGCUUUUUCUCCGGCUGUUUUCGGGUUUUUGUUUUGGGAAACCUUUUCUAAACGCGGUCCAUCGGACGCGACGUCGGUGAUCGCCGCGGGAAGGAAGACUAGCGGUCGCGUGGUGAAGAUCGUGCUAACUUUUCUCACUCUCUCUGGCGCGCGUUGUGUUUUGGUUUCGUUCGUUUGCCGGCACUUGAUGCGUGUGCGAAAUCGGAAGAAGCGUGGGAAGAGAGUUGUUGGGUGCUGGCUGACUGGAGGACCUUGAUAUCUGUCUCGUCCGGUGAAGAAUGUGAAGAUGGUGCAGACUUGGUGACGAGACUGGAUACUGAGUUAGUUGUUUCGUUACGAAGAAGAAGCCCAGAAUAAGAAGUUAUGUUUCUUGCAAGUUGAAUUGAUUUAGUUGCGGUGUUUGAGACCUCAUGGAAAAGACGGUCGAAUAAAUGAUACAACUCGGUGCAGUGUUAGUGUUAAAGAAAAUUUGUUAAAAAAAAUCGGUUGAGAAACCCUGAAACAAUUGUUCUGAAACGUGAGUAAACUGUUCAAGUUUUAUGGUAUGAUGCUUCAAAAGUGGCAGCUUCAGUACAUCUGGUGCAGCGCAUCGAUUUAUCCGUUCUGCUUAUCCAGUCGGUAGGUAGGUAUUCACGUUUGGUAGCAGAAAUGAAGCGAUAAAGUCACCAGCAAAGUGAAAAAAAAACUUACACCAAACCAGACACUCAUUAAAAACAAAUAAAAUGAUAAGUGCGCAAACAGUGAGCUGAGCGAGCGCAUAAAUACCGACCGACCGCGCAUGCACAAUUUAUGCGACAGCCCAGCAGAUAUCCGGAGACAAGAAAACGAAAUUCGUGACGUUCCGUGGCAAAAGGAAAGCAAAAGUCGAAGAAAUGGUUCCCCGCUGGGGCAGCAGUAGCAGCAGCAACACUUGUCACGACAUCGGGAUCCAGUAGAAGUUCCCCUACUCGCCCACUAGUACCCUCAACCAGAUGAAACUUCGCACGCCAAAGCACAACGAAAAAUGACAAACCUAAACAAACUCAAGGUGGUCGUCAUUGGCAGCUCCAAAGUGGGAAAAUCAGCCGUCACCGUGCGAUACCUGACGAAACGUUACAUCGGAGAGUACAGCUCUUCGAGAGAUUUCGUCUACCGACACAGCGUAAUCUACGAUAAUGUCACGACCGAGGUGGAAAUUCUCGAUACCUCCAAAUGCGACAAGCGAGGCUGCUUGUACGAGCACCUUCGCUGGGGCGACGCGUUCGUCGUGGUGUACUCCAUCUGUGAUAAGGCCAGCUUCGAGGAGGCCGCCGACUACCUGCAGCAGCUGACCAAGCUCAAGCUACCGUCCUACUACACGAUCCUGCUGCUCGGGAACAAAAGUGACCUCGAUCAUGCACGGGAAAUCUCCGUCAACGACGGCCAGGAGCUGUCCUUCCGCUACUCGUGCCAGUUCUACGAAGUCUCGGCGGCGGAGAACUUUGCCGGCGUCUCACUGGCCUUCCAGUCGCUCAUCCGCGAGGCCCGCUCGACCCAACUGUUCCGGGCGCUUCCCCUCCGCCGGAAACUGGGCGUCAACAGCGUCUCGAAGGCGCUCGGUAACAUCUUCGGCAAAAACAGCAAAGGCGAACGGAAGAAGAGGCCCUCGCUCAGCAUAUGACGUCCAGCGUCGACGGCGGCGGCGAUGGUGGACCUCGAGGAUUCGAGAAGUAUUUUGUAAAUAGACAACUUUUGAGCAACUGUACAACAAAUAGUCGGUAGAAUUCUAGACGUUAAAAGACUAAUGUUAAGUUGUAGGCAUAAGACAAUUUUCUUUAUAAGCUAGCAACCAUUCCCGGACGGAGUUGUAAAAUAUGUCAUUUUUACGGACAAGAUAUUGUAAAUAGCUCAAACCCUUGAGAAAAAGUUUUAAUUUUACGUGUAAGUGAUGUUUAAACAAACGAUUAACAAAUAGUUGUUAGCAGCAAGCUGAACCCAUGAACAAAUCGAUUUUAUGUUAUUUUAUGGACACGUGACGUUCCUAUUUGUGUUAUGUCGAAUUCGUUUUUGAUUCAGUUCCAACCUGGGUUGGAACUGGAUGAGAUCACAGUUUCAACCCCAACCCGACUUCGGUUUUGCUUGUACUAAAGUUUGUUUGAGUUUGUUUGACGUUUGUUUGUUUACACAUUUUCCGCCAAUCCAGUUCCAACCCAGGUUCAAAAACGAAUUCGACAUUAGUUUGUAAGUGCGCGCACUGUACUUUUGAGACUUUUGAAACAAAAUUUGAACCUGAAUAAAACAGAACGAAUUGGA